CUGCAGCUGAUUUGCUGAUGUCAGGGAGCCAGUGCAGCAUUUCAUGGUGCAGGGUGGAAACGCGCGCUGCCAUCUGCCUCCGUCGGUGCUCUCAGAAGAAAAAAGAAAAAGAAAAACCUCACACAUGCAAGCCCGGCAAGAAAGAUGCUGCCAACUCUCAAGAUUUGGGCAUUGCUUUCUGUGUGGCUGUGCUGCCUGAUUCCUCCGGGCCAUUUGAAGAGGGCUUUCCGAUGUCCUUCAACAUGCAGCUGCUCCAAGGAGUCGAUCAUCUGCGUCGGAUCCUCCUACAUCCCGAGGAUUUCCCCCAACGAGAUAAAUUCUCUGAGUAUCGUCAAUGGGACUUUCACUGAAGUCAAAGAGGCAAUGUUUUCUCACAUGCCUUCUCUCCAGCUACUACUUCUGAAUUCGAACUCUCUCACAACUAUAAGGGACGAUGCAUUCUCAGGCCUUCCUCAUCUGGAGUAUCUGUUCAUUGAGAGUAAUAAGAUGGAGACUACUUCGAAAUAUGCCUUCAGGGGACUCAGGGACUUGACUCACUUAUCUUUGGCUCACAACAACAUUAAAGCCUUACCCAGGGACCUCUUCAUUGACCUGGACUCACUGAUAGAGCUGGACCUGCGAGGCAAUGCCUUUGAGUGUGAUUGCAGAGCCAAGUGGCUCAUGACGUGGUUGAAGAGCACCAAUGCCACGGUAUCGGAUGUCGUGUGUGCCGGACCGGAGGACCUGAAGGACAAGCGCCUCAAUGAUAUGACCAGCCUGCACAACGAGUGCACCUCAACGGAUUUCGUCCUCCAUCAGUCUGUGGCUUCAGAAUCGUUGUCUGUCGACACUUUUAGCUAUAAGAAUGACGUCUACGUGACCAUCGCUGCUCCCAGUACAGAGAGCUGUAUGAUUUUCCAAUGGGAUCACAUCGAAAUGAACUUCAGGACUUAUGAUAAUAUAACCGGUCAAUCCAUUGUAGGGUGCAAGUCAGUCGUGAUCCAGAACGAGGUGUUUGUCAUUGUGGCUCAACUCUUUGGCGGUUCUCACAUUUACAAGUUCGAUGAAGACCAGAGUAGGUUCAGUAAGUUCCAGGACAUCGAGGUCUCCAAAAUCUCCAAGCCCAACGACAUCGAGGCCUUCCAGAUCGGCUCCGACUGGUUCUUUGUCAUUGCCGACAGCUCAAAAGCAGGCCUGUCGACCCUCUACAAGUGGAACGAUAAUGGUUUUUAUUCAUACCAGUCGCUCCACGAGUGGUACCGUGACACAGACGCCGAGUUCCUGAACCUGGAUGGGAAGGCUCACCUCAUCCUGGCGAGCCGUUCGCAGGUUCCGGUGAUUUACCAGUGGAAUCGGAGCAACCAGAAGUUUGUCCUGCAGGGGGAGAUCCCCAACAUGGAGGACGUGGUUGCCGUGAAACACUUUCACAUCAAGGAGGAGCUCUACCUGGCCAUGACGCGGUACAUCGGAGACUCCAAAGUCCUUCGUUGGGGCGCCAAGCAGUUCUCGGAGGUCCAGGCGUUGCCCUCUCGGGGGUCCAUGAUUCUCCAGCCGUUCUCCUUCAAAGAACGCUACUACCUGGCUCUGGGAAGUGAUUACACUUUUUCACAAGUGUACCUGUGGGAUGACGAGAAGAAACUUUUUGAGCGCUUUAAAGAGGUCUACAUCCAGGCGCCGCGGUCCUUCACCGUGGUGUCGACCGACCGCAGGGACUUCAUCUUCUCUUCCAGCUUCAAGGGAAACACUCAAAUUUUUGAGCACAUCAUCAUUGACCUGAGCUUGUGAGGGGUCGUGCCUAGUUUCCCCUCCUGCAAUUAAUUGUCUUCCUCUAAAAAGAUACAUUUGCAAACAAUAAGCAAAGGACUUUAUGAACUCUUUAAAUUCUCCUAAUUAGUUCAUUCAUACUUAGGUUUCUGUCAUAAACCAUAGCCAGGUCAGAUAGUGUCCUGACUGUCACUGACUCUAAGGCCUCGUACUAUUGCUUGCUCUCAUGACCUCUUCCUUUUUUCCAGAGGUAAAACCAUUUCACAAAGACUGCCGGCAUUCACUUUCACAUCCAGCUGACAUUCCUGAAGGUGGAACUCUUUGAAGCGCAGUGUGAUAUUUUGAGUCGUUUAGAUUUUCUGUUUAUGACUACAUACUAACAGUUUGAUAUCCCCUGAAACAAGGACGUGUGGAUGUGACAAGUUUGUUCCCUCUUGCUCUAAUGCCCUGUGGUAAUGUGCAGAAAGUUGCCUUAUAAGCGUUGGGGUAUUGUGUUGUGAUGGGCCUACAGUGCCUCCCUCUGGCUGUGAUGAAGUAUCACACACCCCUCUGCUUUUUCCAUACAAGGAGCGUCUCGAAAGCACAAACCUUUAAAUAACAUAGACAGGAACUUAGUGUGUAAUUGAUAGAUUAUAAAAAAAAAUGUUGUAGGUGCUACAGAUAAUACUAAAUACAGUUUAAAAAAAAGGAAAUAGAGAAAACAAGUGGUUUCUGAUUUUAGGAGACUAGAUAUAGCUUAGUCAAUUUUUAACAAAAAAAAAAAAAAAAAGAAAAGUUCCCACUUUGAAACAACUCUAGUAAAGUAAAACUCUAGUGCAUAUAAACUGUGUUCAGACGAUGUCAAGGAAAAAAAACACUACAGUUGUUGGGCUAAUGACAUAAUUUAACUUUCAUGUAUUAAGAAAGGAGUACACAGCCAAAGUCAGAGACCUAAAAAAAUCAACUUGAUGAGAAGGUGUACUUCAUCUAAAACAAAUGGAAGGGAUGUAAAUAUAUCUGCUGAAGUUUUGAGGCUUUUUUUUCAGUCUGCCAUUCUGUUCUCUCAAACCACUGAAUGUCAACAAAGCUACACGAUGUACAUAAAACAAGGACUGCAAUGCCACUACCUGUUCUAAAGGGAUCUUUGCACUGACUUACAAAAAUUAGAUGUUACUGCAGCUUGCAAGAGCAUGGCAUUAAAAAAAAA